AUAGAGGGAUUUUGCUGUAUAUGUAACCAUAAAUUGUUCCAUAAUGAUGACUUGGCUUUGAUGGUUUUAUUUUUCAAUUAUGGAAAAGUAAACACAUUCAUUCUUGUGCUUUCUGGUAUUUUAAUUAAGUAUUUGUUAUUAGUAAAUUUUAAUGAAUUGUGCUAAGAAUUAAUUCGAAAUUUUUUUGAUAAAUGUUUUUAUUCCCAACAAUCGAUAAAAUCUAAAGAUUAUGUUUGGAUGCAUGUUGGAGUAUGAUACAAGAAUGGUGGACCACCCCCCACCCCUUUGAAAAUUUCCUGUGUGUGUGACAGCUUAUAAUUAUUAAGGAAGCUUUGAAAACCUGUAGAAAAUCUUGCAUAAGAAGAAAUUUUCAACAUGCUUAAAAAUAUAAUCAUUUCAUCAAUAUUUUUCAGGCUCUAGCACAGAUGAAACAUCGGUAGUGGAUGAUCCUUCAAAACCAUCCUUUUACGAUACCACCCCUGCAAUCCCCAACUUCCUUUAUUUUAAGCGUAAAAAUCAAGGAUCGGCAGGAUUAUCUAGUUCCAGCCUGCACUUUGAUGAUACUGAGAUGAGCCCAACUCAUUUUUCUCAGUCAAGUGCAACAUCUCCCAGUAUAAUAAGUGCAGGAAAAGCAAAUAUGUCAAGGAAUUCACCUGUUUCAGUCGCGGCAACGCCUAACAAAGCACCCCUGGAUACCAGUCAACAUAUGAUGCCUAUGCCUUCCAGUCAACAUAGGCCUGUGCCUGAAAAAUCUAAUAGCACCUCAUAUCAGGAAACUGUUCUUCAAACCCUUGCCAACAUCUCAUAUACUCUUGAAAGGAUACAGAAACGACUGAGUAGGAUAGAACUGCAAGGUACUGUAUUCAGAGAUGGAAAAGAAAACAGGUGCCCGGAAUUGCCAGAGGGUGUGCAGUUACCUAUAGCAAGUAUGGAGGUAUUUAAUAACUUUCUGCUUGCUUUGGACAAUGAUGCCCUUUUUGUAUCUCUGGCUUCAUACUUAUCCUUCAGAAUUGGGCAGAACAAUGUUGUAGAUAGGCUACUGACAUUUCUCCUUAGUGAUAUUUUCUCAACUCAGCUUAAUUGGGCUGGUCGCAAUGGGAAAAGAGCCGUAAAAAAAAACCAAAUUUGUGGAAUUCAUUAAGUAUACUGUUGAAAAAAACUUGAAGAUUGCGGAUGAAGUGGUAGAGGCAAAAAUUAAGUCCUGGUUGAAACAUUCCUCGGAUCGACUGAAGAGAGAGAGAAACAAGAACUAAAGCAGUAUAUAUUGUGUAAAUAUUGUUAUCAACUUGUACAUUCAACUGUAUUGUGUAAAAAAAAGUAA